AUGGCAUCUACUAUCACUCAGACAGUCGCGGACACCGCCAACAACUUCUCCAGCUUGAAGCUGACAGGCGAGGGCGAGCCUCCCUCCAAGUCGACGGGCAACGAGUCAGCCACUGACCCUGGCCCCAAGUACCCGCGCUACUACCCGGUGUUCCACAAGGAGGAGAAGUGGCCAGCCUUGGAGUACUUCGAGCACGUCGACGCAGGCUCCCGCGCCGACCCCGCCAAGCCCAACUUGCUCGCCGAAGGCGUCAAGGAGCAUAUCCUCAGCCCCUUCAUCGGCAGCGAGCUCCGCGGUGUACAACUCUCCCAGCUUUCGCCUGCCGGUCUCGACGAGCUCGCACUCCACGUCGCGCAGCGCAAGGUCGUUGUUCUCCGCGACCAGGACUUCAAGGACAUCGGGCCUGAGCGCCAGAUUGAGAUCGCCCAGCACUUCGGUCCUAUCCACCGCCACCCCACGAGCGGAAACAUCGAGGGCUUCCCGGAGUUCCAUGUCGUGUAUCGCGAUGCGAGCCAUAACCGUUUCUUCGAUCUCCGCCAGCGCGACCGUAUCAACCACACCAGCUGGCAUUCGGACGUCUCCUACGAGAAGCAAACCCCCGGCACCACCCUCUUCUUCAUCCUUGAGCAGCCCCCUCUCGGCGGUGACACGAUCUUCGCGUCCCAGGUCGAGGCGUACAACCGUCUCUCCGACGAGUUCAAGAAGCGCCUCGAGGGUCUUCGUGCCGUUCACUCCGCGGUGGAGCAGGCCGAUUUCUCUCGCAAGGAGGACGGUCCCGUGCGCCGCGAGCCGAUUGAGACCGAGCACCCCUUGGUGCGCGUGCACCCCGUUACGGGUGAGAAAGCCCUGUACAUCAACCAGGGCUUCACGCGCCGCAUCGUGGGCUUCAAGGCCGAGGAGAGCGAGUACCUCCUCAAGUUCCUCUUCGACCACAUCUCCAAGGGCGCGGACUUCCAGGUCCGCGCGCGCUACGAGCCCGGCACCGUCGUCCUUUGGGACAACCGCAUCACCGUUCACUCGGCCACGCCCGACUUCGCUCGCGGUGAGCGCCGCCACGCCGUGCGCCUCACGCCGCAGGCUGAGAAGCCCAUCCCCGCUACGGCUUAA